AUGUCUUAUAGUUCAUAAUAAUCUAUAAAAUUGGAUGAUUAUCGAGAUAUAGCUGUUGACAUAUCAUAAAGUUUGAUUGCUGUUCGUUCGAUAAUACGAGAGAUAUUAAGACGUUCUAGUGUGAUUUUAAUAGAAAAGCAUCUCGAAUAAUCUAUUCCUCUGAUAAUGCCAAAAUGGACUCUAUAGUUUUCAGAGGAUGUUGUGUCGUUGGGCAUUCAUGAACCUGAUGAGAUGAUGACAGAGAAGAUUAAUUAGGGUUUAGUUCUAGAAACAGAACCAGAAAUAAGAAUUCAAGAUUGUUGGAGAAGUUAUAUUGCAAAUAUUGACCUGCGAUUUCACCAGACUACACAUACCAGUCAUAGUGUGACGAAAUCUCAUUUCUCUUUUAAUCCAGGAUAUCAGAGAAGUUCGGUUACAAUAAAGAGAGCUUCAUAAAUACUAAAAACUCAAUUCGAACCAUUUGAGCCAGAGUUUGUUAAUAUGUAACAAAAAGUAGAGGACGAUCCCUUUGAUUAAGGAUUAAGAUAGCAGUUGGAGAGAGAUUAAUAAUUGCGACAGUAGAAAUGGUAGGCUGAACAAUAGAGGAUUGCAGAGAAGAAAGAAUAAUUGAGAUAGAUCAGACUAUUGGCAAGUUCAUUCACAGGCGAUAAGAAAUAUACGUUUGAUUAUGAGGGGAAGUUCAUGCCAUAGAAUAUACCUCAGGUUGAGUAAUUAGCACCUAUCAGACCCAGAGUAAGUUCGAUGGUACAAUUUUCAGAAAAGAAUAAGGUAAUUGAAUUUGGGAAGUCAUUUGCUCAUGUGAAAAUAGAGGGAGAUAAACCUUUUUUGGGGAGUCAAAUGAAUUUCUAAUAGAAAUAAUAAUAGAAUGUAUUUGAUCAAAUAGAAGUAGCUAAAGGUGUUACUUUGACAGAAGGUUAGAAUUAAAAAUAAGGACCUUCAUUCUCGAAUAAUUAGAAUUUAUAAUUAUGGGAGGAGGGAUUGAAGUUAACUAAAAGUGAAUAUUAAUAAUUUGUGUAAGGAAUUUAAGGAGGAGUGAAAAUAUCAAAGAUUAUCCAAGAUACAUCAUCUAUUAAUGAUAUAGAGCCAUCUCGAGUGAAUUUAAAUACAUCUAUAGUAAAUUCUACAACUGUGAAGGAGGGUUCAAUCAGGAUAGAUGGAAACAUCAGUGUGGAAGAAUUGUUGAUUACAGAAGAACCAACACCUAUUAAAAUCGAUGUUUAAUAGCCAUUACCGAAGUUGCUAUUAAAAUAAAAAGAUCUCUCAUAAUUAUUAACUAUCACUACUGAAGCAUUGAAAUAGGGGAAACCGAAAUUACCAAAAGCGAUGAGCUCGUAACAUUCACUACCUCAACUUACUAAGAAUCCUAGAGAUAGAACGAUAAGUUAACUGUAGAAAUUUAAAAUGAUUAUUAAGUAAUGA